GCCGAGCCCGCCUCAGGCAGCCAAGCCUAUCAACAGUCGCCAGUCCGGGAGGCUUUAGCGGCUGUGCUUGCUCCGCGCCGGAGAAGGAGGAGCCCUUGACCCGGACUCCAAGGGAAGUAUGCAGACGAUCAAAUGUGUGGUUGUAGGAGAUGGGGCAGUAGGUAAGACCUGCCUCCUCAUCAGUUAUACAACAAAUGCCUUUCCUGAAGAGUAUAUACCCACUGUAUUUGACAACUAUAGUGCCCAGACAUCUGUGGAUGGCCAGACUGUCAGCCUCAACCUUUGGGACACAGCUGGCCAAGAGGAAUAUGACCGGCUGCGAACGCUCUCCUAUCCCCAGACCAAUAUUUUUGUUAUUUGUUUUUCCAUUGGCAAUCCAUCCUCUUAUGCCAAUGUGAGGCAUAAGUGGCACCCAGAGGUCUCUCACCACUGCCCAAACGUACCCGUUCUGCUAGUUGGCACUAAAAGGGACCUUCGGAGUGACCUCGAGACAGUGAAGAAGCUGAAGGAACAGAGUCUGGUGCCAACAACUCCUCAGCAAGGCACUUCCCUUGCUAAGCAGGUGGGGGCUGUAAAGUACCUGGAAUGUUCAGCUCUGAUGCAGGAUGGGGUACAUGAGGUAUUUUCAGAAGCUGUCCGGGCUGUGCUUUACCCUGCCACAAAGAAGAACACCAAAAAGUGUGUCCUCUUAUAGCUUAUGAGAUUCUACUUGGGGACUGCAUCCAAGGAGACAACAAGAGGUAAUUCCUUUGACAGCCCAUAACAAUGCCAACAUGAACCAUUUGUCUCUUCUGGAAACUUCAAUUUAUGUGACUUUUGGAGGACAAAGACAGACUAGCUGUACAUCAUGGUUACUGUAAACUUUGUUCUGAAUGUUUCUGAGGAAUAACGCGUGUGCGUGCACGCGCAUGUGUGUGUGUCCCUGUUAAAGUUGUAAAAGGAGACACCACCAAGUGCUGUUCUUUUACUGUCCCGGACAGACUACAACUAAACACAGUAGUCGUGAUACUUUCCUUUGUAGGCUUUUGCUUGUCUCUUGUAAAAUCAGUUUCUCUUUUGACAGUAUUUACCAUUGAGCAGGUGCUUCACAGAAGAACAUGUUUCUUCAGUGUUUAAGUAAUUGCCUUAAACUUUCCAACACAUUAAUUUUUAAAAACUGUGUUAUUUGUGAUUACUGAAUGUUCUCAAUGUUGAUGUGGUUUUCCAAUUCUGGAGAUGAAACAUUUUCUUAAAAAUGUUAAAGCAGUAUUUCCCAAAUUUCUGUGAGAUGGUAAUAGAUGUUUCUUUAAAAGACACAUCUUGGGGUCAAAUGUGUCAGAAAUCAAUGUUUUAAAUAAAGCUGAACAGGAUCUUCA